AUGAACACAGAAGAAAGCGUCCACACUCUCUCAGACGGCCUUGAGUUGUAUGCCAAGACAUGGAAGACCAGUGGGUCCCCACUUGCUGUUUUGGCCUUUAUCCAUGGCUUCAGUGACCACUGCAAUGCCUACCACGAUCUGUUUCCAACACUGGCAUCAGCAGGUGUUGAGGUCAGGUCUUUUGAUCAGCGAGGAUGGGGCCGCAGCGUCAAACAACCCAGCGACCGCGGUAACACAGGCCCAACCUCCCAAGUCCUCUCGGACAUCCACUCCUUCCUGCAAAGCCUACCCUCCGACACUAACGUACCCGUCUUCCUAAUGGGCCACAGCAUGGGUGGCGGUCAAGUCCUCAACUACAUUUUCCACCCAGAGUCACCGUACAACGGAGACAAAUCUAACCGCCCCAACUUCACCGGCGUGCUUUUGCACUCCCCUCUAAUCGCCAUAGAUCCAUCCUCCCGCCCCUCGAAGCUGACAGUCUCGGCGGGGCGGGUUGUCGCAAAGAUGGUCCCGCAUAAGCAGCGAUAUUCCCCACUUGACGCGAAUUUGAUGUCUCGUAACGAGGCCGUCGUCAAGGAGGUCGUGGCUGAUACGCUGUGUCACGACACUGGGACUUUUGAGGGGUUGGCUGGCAUGUUGGACCGGGGUAUUUGGUUGGAGGGGAUGUUUGCCGCUGGGCCUGGGGCUUGGGUGAAGAGUGAGCUGCCGUUUUGGUUUGGGCAUGGGGAUGGAGAUCGCAUUACUAGUUAUGCCGCGACGGAGGACUUUGUUAAGGCGUUGACUGAGAAGGGUGGCGAUGUGAAGUUUUGUUCUUAUGAGGGGGCUUAUCAUAAGUUGCAUGCCGAGUUGCCCGAGACAACGGAGAAGUUCCUUGCGGAUGUGAAGGCUUGGAUUUUGAGUAAAGUGCCUGGACCGAAGAGGGUGUUUGUUCAGGAUGAGGUAGAGGGUGUUGAGGUUCAUGGGGAUGCGGAGACCGAGGGCAAGCCAAAGCUGUGA